AUGGUCCAAUUAUUCAAGAGCCUUGUGCUCGCUGCCCUCGCAACUGUCUCCCUGGCCGGCGACUCUGCAGUCCUCGACCUCAUCCCCGGAAACUUCGACAAGAUUGCCAUCUCAGGCAAGCCAGCCCUCGUAGAGUUCUUCGCGCCAUGGUGUGGUCACUGCAAGACUCUCGCCCCGGUGUACGAGCAACUUGCUAAGGAUUUUGCCUUUGCCAGUGACAAGAUCGCCAUUGCGAAGGUUGAUGCGGACAGUGAGAAGAGUUUGGGGAAACGAUUUGGGGUUCAAGGGUUCCCAACUAUCAAGUUUUUUGAUGGCAAGAGUGAUAAGCCUGUGGAUUAUAAUGGGGGAAGAGAUUUGGAGAGCUUGACGGCAUUCAUCACUGAAAAGACCGGUGUGAAGGCCAAGAAGGCGAAGGCUGCCCCAAGCCAGGUUGAGAUGUUGACCGACAAGACUUUUAAGACUGAAAUCGGUGGUGAUAAGGAUGUUUUGGUUGCGUUCACUGCACCGUGGUGUGGUCACUGCAAAACCCUCGCCCCAGUUUGGGAGAAAUUCGCCGCAGACUUUGCUGCCGAGCCCAAUGUCCUCAUCGCCAAGGUCGACGCCGAAGCUGAGAACGCGAAGGCUACUGCUAAGGAUCAGGGCGUCUCCUCAUACCCCACCAUCAAGUUCUUCCCCAAGGGCCAGAAGGAGGCAGAGGACUACUCAGGCGGCCGAUCCGAAGCUGACCUCGUUGCUUUCAUCAACAAGAAGGCCGGCACCCACCGUGCUAUUGGCGGAGGGCUCGACGCCACUGCCGGCACGAUCGAGGCCCUGGAUACACUUGUUGCUAAGCUGACUGGCGGUUCCAGCAUCUCUGAGGUCGCUGCUGAAGCUACCAAAGCCGCUGCGGACUUGAAGUCGGAUGCUCAGUCUAAAUAUGCUGAGUACUACGUCAAGGUCUUCACCAAGCUAGCAAAGAGCGAUGGAUAUGCCGCAAAGGAGCUGGCUCGUUUGGACGGCAUUCUUAAGAAGGGAGGUCUUGCCCCAGAGAAGCUUGAUGAAUUUACGAGCAAGACGAACAUUCUUAGAAGAUUUGUCGAGAAGGUUACUGGUGGGAAAUCAGAAUUGUAG